GAACAUGCGUAAAUUAUCGGUUGUAUGUUCUAUUGGGCCUUUUAUCCAUAUUAUGGGCUUCGUUGAUCACUUAAUCAAGUCGGUAUCUCGUGUUUAAGAGUUCGUGUGACGCCCUAAAUCCGUUUUUUCACUUUAUUACUUGUUGUCGCAAUCACAAACAAAGUUAAAUACACGAAGAUUAACAUUUCUGAACAGUGAAACAUGCAUGAUAUAGUUUUUUUGGACUGGUAGGUUAUUACUGAGAUACACACACCCCCGAGAGAAACAAGCAGGUAAACCUGUGUGAAGCGACCCGUUACUCUAUCAUGCAAACCAAACCUCAAGUACGCUACUAUACAUAUGUCGGAGAGACGGGUCAGAAAAAAUGGAACAACGCAUUUCUUAUAGUAAGUAGCUCAACACAUUCAUAUAUGUAUUUGUUAUCUACAUCUUAAUGAUGCUUCCAUAUUUUUAGGAUUGAUGGUUCAUCAACAUGUUUACAAAACAAAGUCUGAUCUGUUUCUCCAAAUUGACUGAGACAUAUAUAAUAUCUAUUUUUUUUUUUUUUUUUUUUUGUAACAAUAUAAUAUAAUAUCUAUUUUAUAUUCACAAAAAUCUCAUUAAAGAUCGGAUGGUUUCAAAGCUUAGUAUAUAUGUAUUCCUCGUUUUAUAAUUUUAUCUAGUGGUUUAUUUUUGUAUCUACUAACAUGCUCUUCAGUAACAUUUCAUGUAUACUUGCAUGCUCUUCAGUAACAUUUUUCUUAGUCAUUGUAGAGAAAGCAAUACAACUUUUGUUUUGAUGCACAUUAUAAACAUGUGCGGUUAUGAAACAAGAAAAUCCUACACGUUACGAUUAUGUAAUUUAUGUUCUACACACAUGUAGAAUCUUCUUCUUUUAAUAAAGUUUUGAUUAUAUAAUCCAUUUUCGGCAAAUAUAAAAACAGUUUAUAAUUUUUCUUUUCUUAGCUUAUAUGUUUACUUAACCCACACGUCGUCAACGCCCGCCCAUAGGACAUGGAUGGUUACGAAACCGAACACACGCGUGCACGCGUAGUCUACAGCAUUCACACGUGCCAAAACCAUGUUAUAUAAACAAACCUAAAGCACGCUAAUUCCUCAUCACCAUCACAUUGUUUUGUUCGUCAAAUUCAACUUAAAAAAUCUCUCUAAGAAGAAUCGUCGUCUCUUCAUACGAACGAUCAUGGCACAAACCGAUAUCAAUCAGCCGAAACUAGAUAUGACAAAGGAGGAGAAAGAGAGGUUGAAGUAUUUGGAGUUCGUGCAAGCUGCUGCUGUUGAAGCAUUGCUUCGCUUUGCUCUCAUUUACGCAAAGGCCAAGGACAAGUCUGGUCCUUUGAAACCAGGUGUUGAAUCCGUUGAAGGAGCUGUCAAGACUGUGGUCGGUCCUGUCUACCACAAGUACCAUGACGUCCCCGUCGAGGUUCUUAAAUACAUGGACCAGAAGGUUGACAUGUCCGUGAGUGAGCUUGACCGCCGUGUCCCACCAGUGGUCAAACAAGUGUCUGCACAAGCCAUCUCAGCUGCUCAGAUAGCUCCCAUCGUGGCUCGUGCUUUAGCCACUGAGGUUAGACGUGCUGGCGUUGUGGAAACCGCUUCUGGGGUGGCUAAAUCCGUAUACACCAAGUACGAGCCUGCAGCUAAGGAGUUGUAUGCAAGCUACGAGCCGAAAGCGGAGCAGUGUGCAGUUUCGGCUUGGAAGAAGCUGAACCAGCUUCCUCUGUUCCCGAGGCUGGCUCAGGUCGCUGUACCGACAGCUGCUUUCUGCUCUGAGAAGUACAAUGAUACGGUGGUGAUGGCUGCCGAGAAAGGGUACAGGGUCUCAUCGUACAUGCCUUUGGUUCCAACAGAGAGGAUCUCAAAGAUCUUUAGGGACGAGAAGACUGAGACUAAGCCGUUGGAGUUUCAUCCACUUGAUUGAUUUGAGUGGUUUGUAGUGUGUUGUUUGGUUUGAUGUGAACCGGAUAUUGGUUAGCGACUGGUCCCUGGUUCUGGUUCUUUCGUUUCUUCGUUUUUAUGUUUUCUUUGAAUAUUUCGUUCGAGUAUAAUACCAAAAAAAUGUAUACUUUUAUGUUUCGAGUAUCGUAUAAAAAGCUUUAUUGUGUUUGUUUA